GCAUUGAGCUGCACCUUUGCACUAAUCUUCUUUCCAUUUUUCAUGCUCCAGCCUGGAGUUUGUAUCAGUCUUGACUUUGUCCAGAUUUUGCCGAGUGGAAAUCAGUUUUAAUAUAAAAUGACUCCAAGGCCAAAGGGAGUUUACCACAUCAGCGCAUUCAGCUGGUAUGCUUUUGUUGUAAUGACUCUGGCUGCGAAGGAUGGAGAGGAAUUACCGCCUGGGAUUUUUGUGUAUGGGGGACCUUGGAAAUACCUCACGUUUUUGAAUUUAUUACUGCAAAUGUUAUUCUUUGGACUGGCUGCGGUGAGCGAUCUUCAGGACGAGAAAAAUUCGAAUAACACGCUGAACAGAUGUCCGGAUCUAAUAUUCUCUGUCUUUGCCUUCCCAGUGGGCAUGUUUGUUGUUGUUCUUUUUUGGGCUAUAUUUGCCUAUGACAGAGAGUUGGUCUACCCUGCAACAAUUGACACCUUCCUCCCUCCUUGGAUCAACCAUGCGAUGCAUACAUUUGUCCUUCCUUUAUUACUUGGAGAAAUUCUGGUGCAGCCACACGCCUACCCACAAACAAAGAACGCACUUGCCACACUGGGAUUAGUGGGCAUCGGUUACCUAUUCUGGAUUCUCUGGGUGUACUUCUCGGCAGGGAUUUGGGUGUAUCCCCUCCUUGGGCAUUUCAGUGCUGUUGGUCUGCUGGGCUUCUUUUGUUUUAACAUGUCUGUGGUGACCUUGCUCUACCUUCUUGGAGACAAACUCAACAGCAGCGUGUGGAAAAACCCACUUCAUCAAUACUGACAGAUGAAAAAUCUACAGGGCCCUGAUCAUUCCUAGACCUGAAAGUUUUUCCUUGUUUUUGUUUCAAAGGCAA